CUCACACACAUCGUUAGCAGAGGGUGUCCAGAGCGGCUGUGUCACUUGGAAGGAAACAUCCUCGUCAGGUUUUUUUUUUUGGGGGGCUCAAGAAAAACCUAGCGACAUCCUUACAGUCAUUUGGAAGAAAUAUGCCUGGAUUGUUUGCGUUUUAGCGAAUCUAGAUCAAUAUUCACGGACUGAUGCGGCCAUGGCAGGUCUCGGUGUCCGCUUUAUCGAUACACGCCUGAAACAUCUGAAGGAUACAAAGUGAAAGAUACAUUAUAAUUGAGUUGAUCUGAUCUCGGCGGACUUCACCAGCGCGCAUGCGAGAUAACAGUCCUGUGCUCUGGAUGAUAUGCUGAUGUGAACCGAUAUAGGCUGAAUGAGCCUGUAAGGAUCGUGGUUGAACAGUAACGGCAUCUUGGAGAUGUCAGGCCGGCCUAGGACCACCUCAUUUGCGGAGAGCUGCAAGCCAGUGCCGCAGCCUUCAGCCUUUGGCAACAUGAAAGUCAGCAGAGAUAAAGAUGGCAGUAAAGUUACAACAGUGGCCGCGACCCCCGGUCAGGGUCCUGACCGACCUCUGGAGGUCAGCUACACGGACACAAAGGUCAUCGGGAACGGCUCGUUUGGGGUGGUUUAUCAAGCGAAGCUGUGCAACACCGGAGAGCUGGUGGCCAUAAAGAAGGUGCUGCAGGAUAAAAGGUUUAAGAAUCGUGAGUUACAGAUCAUGAGGAAGUUGGAUCACUGCAACAUUGUCCGUUUGCGCUACUUCUUCUACUCCAGUGGAGACAAAAAGGAUGAGGUGUAUCUGAAUUUGGUGAUGGACUACGUGCCUGAAAACGUGUACCGGGUGGCCAGACACUACAGCAAAGCCAAGCAGAAUCUGCCCAUGGUCUAUGUCAAGCUAUACAUGUACCAGCUGUUCCGCAGCUUGGCGUACAUCCACUCGUAUGGGAUCUGCCAUCGAGACAUCAAGCCGCAGAACCUCCUGCUCGACCCAGAGACAGCUGUACUCAAACUCUGUGACUUUGGAAGUGCUAAGCAGCUGGCGCGUGGUGAGCCUAAUGUUUCCUACAUCUGCUCGCGCUACUACAGAGCCCCUGAGCUCAUUUUCGGAGCCACAGACUAUACUUCCAGCAUAGACAUUUGGUCGGCGGGAUGUGUACUGGCCGAGCUGCUUCUUGGACAGCCGAUCUUUCCUGGAGACAGUGGUGUCGAUCAGCUCGUUGAAAUCAUCAAGGUGCUGGGAACUCCUACACGAGAGCAGAUCCGGGAGAUGAACCCAAAUUACACUGAAUUCAAGUUUCCACAGAUAAAGGCACACCCGUGGACUAAGGUUUUCCGGCCCCGGACCCCUCCGGAGGCGAUAGCUCUGUGUUCCCGAUUGUUGGAGUACACGCCUACGGCCCGAUUCACUCCUCUGGAGGCCUGCGCUCACACUUUCUUCGACGAGCUCCGUGAGCCCAACCUCAAGCUCCCGAAUGGAAGAGAGCGGCCUGUGCUGUUUAAUUUCACUACACAGGAGUUGUCCAGUAACCCCUCGCUGGCCUCUGUACUCAUUCCUGCACAUGCUCAGAACCAGGUGGAAAACUCUUCCCAGUCUAACUUGGCUGCAACAGGUGCCAACAGUGGCGAUCGUGGUCCGAACACCAACGCUGCCUCUGCCGUCCCUAAUCCUUCAACUUGAACCCCAUCCACCCAUCAAUGGACCACUUUUACGCUGCUGCUUAUUAGCCACGCCCACUCCCCAGGGUCAAUGGCGUGGCUAAAACUAACCGAAAAGCUCAUGUUAUGAUGGAUGCACCAAACCAAGCCUUCCCCAGUCAUUGUCUUUGGUUUUAUUAUUAUUAUUUUUUAUUUAUUGCUCUAAAGGAUGAAUCGUGGGCUCUGAAACACCGCCCCAGGAUUAUCUGCGGUGAUGUUUGACAGUUAUCUCUCUUUUUCUCUAUAUAUACACUCAUAGAAACUGUUACACAUACAAAUAAGUUUUCAUAUGUCUACUUUGACAUUUUUUAAAGGGAAAUCUGUAUGCUGUAGCCGCUUCUUCUUUUAUAAUUGUCUCGGGCCCCUUCCUUGCCAUCUGUGCAUAGAGACAAAGACUUUAUGAGCUGACACAGACGGCACAGUUGGGAUACAAGAAAGCUGGUUUCUGAUUGGUCGAUACAACCAAAUCCUGAAUGGCAUGGACUGAUUUCCAGGGCUUGUGUACAUUCUGUAGAUUAUGUGAAAUAUAUGCUAAUGACUUUUGCCUUUUCCCUCAGUAUUGGGCAGAUGUGUUGUAUGCUUAAGCUGUAUGCCGCUGUGUACCUCUUUGUUUUCUGCCACUUUAGAAAGAGUGGCAUUAUCCAUUCGUUUCCUGCUCGUCUUCCUCUUUCCCAUUGUAUACGACUUCACUGAACUCUACAGACACGUUAUAUUGGAUCAUUUUCUGUGAGUGAGAGUGUCUGUGUGGGUGCAUGCUGUACGUCUUAUGUCUAUAAAUACUGUAUGCUGAUUAGUGAGCUAAAUGAAUUAAGCACGAAAUUAAGGAAAACGAUAAUCGGGACCUUAAAGGAAUAGUUCACCCAAAAAUGAAAAUUCUGUCAUUAAUCACUCACCCUCUUCAGAAGACAAAUUAAGAUAUUUUUGGAUGAAAUCCAAGAGCUUUCUGACCCCCCAUACACAGCAACACAACUGCAAUAUUCCCAGGUCCAGAAACAUAGCAAGGACAUCGGUAAAAUAGUCCAUGUAACAUCAGUGACUCAAUAUCAAUAUUGUAAAGCAACGAGAAUGCUUGUUUUGUGCAAAGAAAACUAAAAUAACGACUUUAUUCAACAAGUCUUCUCUUCCGCAUCAUGUCUGCAGCAGUGAGCUGCCACUGUGGAAAGAGUAUCUCGAAACAUGUGUUUACUUUAGCUUCAAGUAACCAACACAUGCCAUGGCGCUGCUGCUUACGUUAACGCAAAAAUGCAUUGUGUACAUGAAACCGAAGCAACUGUUUGUGUCGUGAUAUACUCUACUCAAUGGAGGCACACCGGUGCAGAUGGGAUGGGAAUUGUUGAAUAGUUGUUGUUUUCUUUGCGCACAAAGCAUUUUCUCAUAGCUUCGUAAAAUCAUGGUUGAACCGCUGAUGUCAUAUUUACUCUUUUACCAAUGUCCUUGCUAUGUUUCUGAACCUGGGAACAUUGCAAGUUGUGUUGCUGUCUAUGGAGGGCAAGAAAGCUCUGGGAUUUCAUCAACAAUAUCUUAUUUUAUGUUUCGAAGUUGGAACAACACGAGGAUGGGUAAUUAAUGACCGAAUUUUUAUUUUUUGAGUGAACUAUCCCUUUAAAUAGGAACAUGAACAGGUUUCUGCACCGCAGAUUCUAGCCUAAAGAAAGAUGUUGGGUUUAGUUCUCAAAUUCACGUCAUUGGUGUUAGAACUCAGCAGGAGUUAGCAGCUGAAAGUGGUCUGAAACCCUUAACCAUCUGGACUGCUUUGCAGGGAAAUUGACACUAAUGAUGAGGCGGAAGAAGAUUAGAUGGCAACACUUUCUCUGCAGUACAUUCGCUUCCAUUUCUUGUUGUUUUUCUUCCUCUCGUUCUCUUUAGUGUCCCCUAGUGUUCGUGGAAGUGCACAACCGAGGCUGUUGUAUCUUGUUCCACCGAAUUAGUACAGUCACUUCAGACUGUUUAUGUCUCUACCAAAAGUGUUGUUGAAAGAAUUUCCAUCUGUUUUGUCGCACAGUUAAACUCCCAUAUGUGAAAAUAAGCAUCGUUUGCUCACACUCAAGUUGUUCCAAACUCAUGACUUUCUUUCUUCCAUGAAUCUUAGAAAAAAAUGUUAAAUUAUCUUUUAUAUACAGUGGGGGGAAAAACACUUGCGUGCUAUAUUGAAGUUUAUAUUCAAGACAUACUUGUAUCUUAUGGGAGGAAAACAGAAAUUAAGUUAACUAUUAAUUAUUCAUUUCUAACUCUCAAAUACUGUGUUGUGAUCAAAUUUGAAUACACUUAGCAUCACUGAAAUUAAACCUAAUAUCUCCAACCACUUUCACUGUAUGGAAACGAUUAAUAUCAGUACAAUUAUUAUUUAAAAAAAAAAAAAAAAUGAAAGAAAAAGUACAGGUUUGCAACAAUAUGAAGGAGAGUAAAUGAUGGUCAUGAUCAUUCUUGGGUUAACUGUCCCUUUAAUGUUGUUGUUUUGAACUUGUUUUUAAAUAAUCCAAUAAUGAUGAUACAGUAUGAAGCUGCUCCAUCGCUCUCAGUAUAGUAUGUACUGAAAUGAUAAUUUGACUAAACAAUGUAUGCUUGGCAAAGGGAACUUAAACUAAACUCUUGUUCAGGUCAGUUCACUUUCAUAGCAGGCAAAAUAGAUUUACAGUGUUUUUUUUCUUUCUUUCUUUUUUCUUUUCUUUUUUAUACUUUUAACUUAAUGUUUCAGAAGCACUUCCUAUUAAUCCUCUUGUUGGUGGAAUUUAUUGUACGUUCUUUUAACAGUUAUGGAAAAUCACAUUUACAGGGUUUUUUAAAUCAUUAGUUUUUUAUGAUUAUUUCUAAUAUGUGAGAAUACAGUGUCUUUGUAUCUACAGUAUUAUUUUGGAAUAAUAUCUUUUUGAUUUGUGUUUGGGCUUUUGUAAAAUACUUUCAGCAGCACUUAAAGGAAGUGAUGUCAUGUAGCGCGACAACCUUUUUCAUAAGUUUUAUUCAAAUGUGUUUUUAAGUACAUCCUUGCUAAUAAAGCCAGUGCUGUUGUUCACGGUUUCCUCAGCAUGUAAAGUAUCACAUUUCUCAGUGACUCUAUUUGAGACGAAUAUGAGGUGAAAGGGGAAAUGGAGAAAUAUACAAACGUGACUGCUGGUUGCCAUGAGAGUUAAACAGCCAACAUGAAACAGCUGUUAUUUUAUUUUAUUUUCCUUUACGUGACAGUAUGUUGUAUGUUAUACUGAUGUGUGUUCUGUCUCUUGUGUGUUCUGGUUCAGAGCAGUCACCUGAUACUGUACUGCAUUGAAUAAAGUGUAGGAUAGCCUCACUCCA